AUGGCCUCGCCAGCCACCGAAACCGCACAAAAGAGCGCCUCCAACCCACCACAAUCACAACCAGCACCAUCAACCACACCUGCACCCACCACGGCGCAAACGACCCAACAACCCAAUGACCAACAACCAACCAGCACCACCGACGACGGCCUCUCCCGGCGCCCACGCGACGCUCGCCUCAUCCAUCUCAUCCUCUCCGCCCAAGGCGUACACAGCUACCAAGAACGUGUGCCCCUCCAACUCCUCGAUUUCGCCUAUCGCUACACCUCUUCCGUGCUCGCCGACGCCUUCCGUUUGUCAUCAGAAGGCUAUGCUUCUGCCNCCGGCGCACCCACAAACUCCAAACGUAGUGAGGCAACCGAUGGCAGUAAUAUUACUGUGAAUGCGCUUCGUCAGGCCAUUGCUUCGCGCCAGGAUUACCAGUUCCAGGGCGCGUUGCCUAAAGAGUUCAUGAUGGAGCAGGCGGUGGAAAGGAAUAGGGUUGCGCUGCCCAAGGUGCAGAAGAGUUGGGGUGUGCAGUUGCCGCCGGAAAAGUACUGUCUCACUGGCACGGGCUGGACUUUGAGGGAUUUGUGGGAGCAGGAUGAGGUUGUGGAGGACGAGGAGACAACANAAAGAGAAAACAAUGGGGAUGUGAGGAUGGAGNGGGUGGGUGAUGUCAAGGUUGACGGUGCCGAGGAAAAGGAUGCGAUGGAUAGUUUUGAGGAUGUGUUUGGAGGUGGUGCUCAGGGCGACGGAGAUGGAGACCAGGAGAUGGCUGAGGCUUGA